AUGUGGACUGUUGUGAAUUUUGAAGCUGAUAAUACGGUAGACGUUGUACCAGACUUUUGGUUCAAGAAUGGUUUAUGUGAAUGGCCUAAUAAAACCAAUAGAAUGGAUACUAAAACAACAAUUAAACGUAGGAUUAAACCUGAUGAAAUACAUUUUAAAAAAUAUAAGGCAAGGGUUAUGUUGACCAACAUUACUAGCUUUGAAGAAGCUGAAUCCAAAGCAACCAAGGCACAAGUAACUUCAGAAUUGUCAUCUAAUGAAGAUCAUAUUAAGGCUACAAAAACUGUCAAAAAAUCUAAAAAUAACAUACCCACAGAAACAGCUGUAUCAAAAUUACCAAAUCCUCCAUUAUAUGUAGAAGAAUCUGAUAACGGAUCAACUGAUUAUGAUUCCGAUGUGGAUAAAUUAAACAAGACAAAUACUAAAGAAAGUACUGUUCUUUUUAGUCAAUCAUUUAAAGAUAAUAGUUAUUAUGACACGUCUCCAGAAAAUGGGCUGUAUAACAUUGACCAUCAAGAACCAUCAACAUCGCAAACUGCUGUCUCUUAUGGUUCAGAAAGUAAGAAAAAAAAAACACAUCACAUUUCUAGUUCUGAUCAGUUAAAUAAAAACAUUGAUUACACAGUCCAACCAAUAAUUUCACCGUCAAGUGCUAAUAAAUCUGCAGAUGAAAGUGAUCAAGCAUUCAGAAAAUGUGUUAGGGCCGUUCUUACAAUGUCCGGUAAAGUAACGGCCCUUAGACGGUCUUUGGACAACCUAAAAUAUGAUGCAGAACAUUUUCACAAACGAUUUGAUGCCCAAGAAUCAUUGUUGGAAAAAAUUUUAGCCAAGUUAGAUUCUCAAGAAUCAAAAGGGUCAGCCAUGGUCUAUAAUUAUGAUGAUGUGGAUUUAGGAGUUAUUGACAACGAUGAAGAUCUAAACAAUAUGGAAGAAAAGCUGAUUAAUGAUAAACCAUACAGAAGUGCAGUGAUUAUGUUACUAUCUCGUUUUGUGGGAAAUACAUUGCCAGAAACAAUACGGAAAAUAAUGCAGCGUCUGUUCACUGACCAAUUUCUUUCAAAAUAUUCUUUUAUCGGAUUUAAGGGCAAACAUCAAUUUUCAACAUUGCAGUGUUGUUCCAUCAUAUAUGAUAUUGUUCGUAAAAUGAAAAAGUUUAAAGAUACGGCCAACAUUGAUAUUGAAAAACCCAUUAAGAACUGGAUGGCCCAAGCAACACUAAGAAUAAAAAAAAUGGCUGAAAAAUCUCUGCAAACUAAUCAUGAUGAUGAUAAUUUAUUAAUUGAUAAUAAUACUUGA